GUGACGAGGAAUCAAACAAUGCCACGCAAUCCUGUCCUCACCAAUAUAGAUACGCACCAUGAUCCUUACACGCGCGGAUGCUCAGCUCCUUCUUUGCAACGCGUACUUAUAGCGGUCUCCAGAUUCUCUCCCUUUUGACUCUGGAAUGAUGGAGCGAAAUACGUCUGGCGCGUGUGACAUAGAUACCUCCUCCGCCGGCGGUGGAGCCAGCGAGUUUAUGCUGUUCGGAGUCAGGGUGGUGGUGGAUUCGAUGAGGAAGAGCGUAAGCUUGAACAAUCUGUCGCAGUAUGAGCAGCCACAGGACUUGAGUAACAACGAUCACAGCAACAGCAGCAGGAACAACAACAAAGAGGAUGCGCCUUCUGGUUAUGCAUCGGCAGACGACGCCGUACAACACUCCAAUGGAAGUCGCGAGCGCAAGCGAGGAGUUCCAUGGACAGAGGAAGAACACAAGCUGUUCCUGCUUGGAUUGCAGAAGGUAGGGAAAGGAGAUUGGAGAGGAAUCUCAAGACACUUUGUCAAGACUCGUACACCCACGCAGGUAGCCAGCCAUGCUCAGAAAUACUUUCUCAGGCGAAGUAAUCUCAAUCGCCGGCGUCGAAGAUCUAGCCUCUUCGAUAUCACUACUGAUACGGUUACUGCAAGUUCAAUGGAAGAGGAACAGACUUAUCGCCAGGAGAACAACAUCAUCACCAGCAACAUCAUUGGUGCCACCACAUCUCAAUCACAUCCUUUGCCAUCAUCCCUAGAAGCGGGCAGUGCAAGCGGUUUGACUCCAUUGAAAGCUUUCUCUUUGGACGGGGCUGCCAAUCCUGUAAUAUUACCUGUCCCAAUCCAUAAUCUAAUGGAAACUACUGCAUUAGGACAUAGCAACCAGGACAGUCUAGUGAUGAAAAACCCCAUUGGACAUAGUAUUCCAUCUCCCCAUACAUCGACAACAUCUGAUCUUGGCUUGAAUUUGAAACCGUCAAGCGAUUCUUCAUCUUUGUUGCUCAAGUUGUCUUUGCCCUCUAACCAUAGGGACUCUUCAACCAGGUAUUCAGCUUUUCAGAUGACCUCAAGCCUUAACAGUGGAGAUAGCAUUGUCAGUGUAGCUUGAGAAGUAUGAGAAUGAAGAAAGUGUAUUGUUAGAUAAGAAUAGGUGAUGGGUCAGGUCAGAGAAGGUUAAGUAAGUUAAACUAGGUGACCAAAAUUUGAUCCUCUUUUAUUUGUUGUACAGACCAGAUAAGAAGUUGCCAUGUCUUGCAUUACUUCUUGUUCCAUGCUUGUAUCAUCUUUGAUUAUGGUUGAAUUAUGUUUUGUCUUUUUUGAGUUAACUGAAUCUAACAGUUACUCUGGUUCAUAAAUAUGCUUAUGGUUAGGUAUCAA